AUGGCUCUGUCAAAGCAUCUCCUGGCUCUCAUUCUUACCGGUCUCUCAUACGCCACCCGUGAUCAUAAGAGAGGGCUUUGCUUCGUUCCCAACACCGAGAAGCCCCAGGACGACAAAAUCUGGGUCCAGAACGGCAGCGAUAUCACCUGGUACUACAACUAUGGAGACAAGCCCUCUGCUGUAUAUAAGGAUGUUCCUGAACAAUUCGAGUUCGUACCAAUGAUGUGGGGUGUAGGAUCCGACUCAAGCGAUACGACGUUCCUUCAAAAUGUCAAGAGUCUGAUGCAAGAUGGAGUCAAAAUCACACAUGUCCUGGGGUUUAAUGAACCUGAUGCUGGUAACGAUGUCGGCGGAAGCAAUCUCGACCCCAAGGUCGCUGCCGAGGCUUGGGUUGCGAACUUUGAACCACUGGGUGAGAUGGGUGUAAAGCUGGGUCUCCCUGCUUGCACUGGCGGAUGGGGUAGUAUGCCAUGGCUAAAGCAAUUCUUGGGAAAUUGUUCUGCGAUCAAGAGCCAAGGGCGGCCUAAGACAAACUGCACCUGGGACUAUCUUCCUGUGCAUUGGUACGACAACUUCGAAGGUCUUGCGUCUCACAUCGGUGAACGCCUUGCCGAAUGGCCCAACUCUACUAUAUGGGUCACAGAAUAUGCCUACGCGCACCAAGACCCCCAACCGACAGAACAAUUCUUCAAGCAGACUCUCAAGUGGUUUGACGAGUCAAAAUUCAUUGGGAGAUACACCUAUUUCGGUGCCUUUCGCUCAGAUGUAUCCAAUGUUGGACCUAAUGCAGCCUUCCUCUCAAACAGUGGUGGUCUGACAACCAUCGGUGCUCAAUACUUGGGACUUAAUACGACUGGUGAGAACAAUGCUUCGCAUUCAAAAGUGAGUUUACCUAGCGUGGGCCUGUUGGCGGUGGUACUGGCUGUUGUGGUGAAAACAAUCAUGUAG